AUGGGACAGACUGUGACGACGCCCCUUAGUUUGACUCUUGACCACUGGACUGAAGUGAAGGAAAGGGCUCAUAAUCUCUCCCUACAGGUUAAACGAGGACCUUGGCAGACUUUUUGCACGACAGAAUGGCCCACUUACAAAGUGGGUUGGCCACGGGAUGGUUCUUAUGAUCUUAGUCUCAUUAAAGCAGUAAAAAGAACUGUUUUUCAGGCGGACCCGAGAGGACAUCUAGAUCAGCAGCCUUACAUCUUAGUUUGGGAGGAUCUUUCUCAAAAUCCUCCCCCUUGGGUCCGCCCCUGGAUUCCUCCCAAGCCAGAACGAGUGUUAACUACACGGAGCACAGCGGAAAAACCCAAGAAGAUUUACCCGGAUUUGCAGACGGAUUUACUCCUUUCUGAUCUUCCCCCUGCCUACCUCUCUCCCCAGGAAUCCCCAACAGCCCCGGAGCUGGCCCCCUCCGGGGGCCCAGCCGCCGGGACCAGAAGUAAGCGGGCGGGGACUCCUGAUACUAGUGUAAUGUUGCCCCUCCGAGCAUUCGGACCCGAGGGGGUAAAUGGGCUACAACCUUUGCAGUAUUGGCCCUUUUCUUCAGCAGAUUUAUAUAACUGGAAGACCCACCACCCGCCUUUCUCAGAGGACCCUAAGCGAUUAACAGAUCUUAUAGAAUCUUUAGUCUUUUCUCACCAGCCUACUUGGGAUGAUUGUCAGCAAUUAUUACAGACUCUCUUCACCACCGAGGAGAGAGAGCGUAUUCUUUUAGAAGCCAGGAAAAAUGUUCCAGGACCCGAUGGGCGACCCACUCAGCUGCAGAACAUUGUGGACUCCGGUUUCCCCUUGACGCGACCUGACUGGGAUUUUAACACCGCUGAAGGUAGGGAGCACCUUCGAAUCUAUCACCAGGCUCUGGUGGCUGGUCUCAGAGGGGCUGCAAGACGUCCCACGAAUUUGGCAAAGGUAAGAGAAGUCCUCCAAGGACCCACUGAAUCCCCUUCUGUAUUCCUUGAGCGCCUCAUGGAAGCCUAUCGCAGGUAUACUCCCUUUGAUCCAGAGGCAGAGGAGCAGAGGGCCUCAGUGACAAUGGCUUUUAUAGACCAGGCAGCAGCAGAUAUAAAGAGAAAGCUUCAGAGAUUAGAUGGGUUAGGAAGAUCUUCACUGCAGGAUUUAGUAAAGGAAGCUGAGAAAGUGUUUAAUAAAAGAGAGACAGAGGAAGAAAAAGAGCAGAGAAAGAUUAAAGAGCAAGAGGAGAGAGAAGAUCGAAGAGAGAGAGAGAGAGAGAGGAGACGAGGAAAGAGCUUGACAAGGAUUCUGGCCACUAUAGUCAGAGACGAAGAAAGGAAUAAUAAGGGGCAUAGAAAGACAGACUCUCUGGGCAACCGGCGGUCCAGGGAGCCCUUAGCCAAGGAUCAGUGUGCCUUUUGUAGAGAAAAAGGACAUUGGGUCAAAAACUGCCCGAAAAAAUGGGGGACAACAAAAAAGAUACUGACAUUAGAAGAGGAAAACUAGGGGAGACGGGGCUCAGAGCCCCUCCCCGAGCCUAGGGUAACCCUAAAAGUGGAGGGGAAACCCAUAGAUUUCCUAGUGGACACGGGGGCCCAGCAUUCUGUAUUACUACAACCCACUGGCCCUCUGUCCCAAAAGAAGUCAUGGGUAAUUGGAGCAACAGGAAACCAACAAUAUUCCUGGACUACAAAGAGGACAGUAGAUUUGGGAACAGGGAAAGUUUCCCAUUCUUUUCUUGUUAUUCCUGAGUGCCCGGCUCCCCUCCUAGGUAGAGAUUUGCUUACAAAAAUAGGAGCUCAAAUCUCCUUCACAGAAACAGGGCCUCGUGUGACAGAUAAAACCGGCCAUUUCCUACAAGUAUUAACUGUGAAAUUAGAAGAUGAGCAUCGCCUGUUUGAGAAGCCCCUACCCUCCGGUGGACACUCAGACUGGAUAAACCGGCAUCCGGGGGCAUGGGCAGAAACGGCCGAGAUGGGACUAGCAAAGCAGAGGCCUCCAGUAGUAGUCGAAUUAAAAGCCAUGGCAGUACCAAUAGCUGUCCGACAAUAUCCAAUGAGUCGGGAAGCCAAAGAAGGUAUUAAGCCACAUAUAAAGAGACUACUUAAAUUAGGAAUAUUAAUGAAAUGCCAGUCCCCGUGGAACACUCCUUUAUUGCCAGUCAAGAAACCAGGCACUAAUGAUUACCGUCCAGUCCAAGAUUUACGAGAGGUAAAUAAGAGAGUGCAAGACCUGCAUCCCACGGUGCCUAACCCAUACAAUCUCCUUAGUUCCCUCCCUCCUGAGCGAACGUGGUACACUGUUAUAGAUUUAAAAGAUGCAUUCUUCUGCCUCCGUCUCAGCCCCGCAAGCCAACCCAUCUUUGCUUUCGAAUGGAGAGACUCAGAGUCUGGGUUUUCGGGACAACUAACCUGGACCCGUCUGCCCCAGGGUUUCAAGAAUUUGCCCACCAUCUUUGACGAAGCUUUACAUCAGGACCUAGCCCCCUUCCGCGCUGAAAACCCCCAGGUAACAUUACUUCAAUAUGUUGAUGAUCUUCUCUUAGCUGCUGCCACACAGAAGGAAUGCGAAAAUGGAACUUCUGCCUUGCUAGAAGAACUGGCUCGAUUAGGAUACCGGGCGUCUGCAAAGAAGGCCCAAAUCUGCCAAAGACAGGUAACUUACCUGGGGUACACUCUUAGAGAGGGCCAGCGAUGGUUAACGGAGGCUCGCAAGCUUACUGUUACUAAAAUUCCACCGCCGCAAACGGCCCGUCAAGUCCGUGAGUUCCUGGGGACUGCCGGGUUUUGCAGACUAUGGAUCCCAGGAUAUGCAGCCCUGGCAGCACCCCUGUACCCAUUGACCAGAGACAACUCCCCCUUUACAUGGGGAGCAGACCAACAAAAAGCCUUUGACGGGAUCAAGCAGGCCUUACUGACAGCACCUGCCCUGGCCUUGCCAGAUGUAUCCAAGCCAUUUGACCUAUACGUACAUGAGAAAGGAGGAGUGGCCAAAGGGGUGCUGACACAACGCUUAGGUCCCUGGAGGAGGCCGGUGGCCUAUCUGUCAAAGAAGCUGGACCCGGUGGCCACUGGCUGGCCCCCUUGCCUAAGGAUUAUUGCAGCUGUGGCCCUCCUACUCAAGGAUGCAGACAAACUCACUCUCGGACAAACAGUGACUAUCCUGGCUCCUCAUGCCCUAGAGAGUGUAGUACGCCAGCCACCCGACCGCUGGCUGUCCAAUGCUCGAUUGACACACUAUCAGAGUCUGCCCCUGAAUACAGAACGGGUGAAAUUUGCCCCAGUAACUCAGUUCAACCCAGCUGCACUUCUGCCGGACAUUGACCCUGGAGAGGCGGAGCCCCAUAACUGUCGAGAAAUUCUGGCUGAAACAGCGGGCAUCCGAAAAGAUCUGACAGACCAGCCUCUAGCAGACGCAGAAGUCACCUGGUUCACAGAUGGCAGCAGUUAUAUGGCAGAAGGUAAGCGGAUGGCGGGGGCUGCGGUGGUGGACGGACAGCAAGUAAUAUGGGCCAGUAAAAUGCCCGAGGGAACUUCGGCUCAGAAGGCAGAACUAAUAGCCUUAACUCAGGCUCUGAAACUAGCAGAAGGAAUGAAGGCCAAUAUAUAUACUGACAGCAGAUAUGCUUUUGCCACCGCACAUGUACAUGGAGCUAUAUACCAACAAAGAGGACUAUUAACCUCUGCUGGCAAGGACAUUAAGAACAAGCACGAGAUUUUAAAUCUCUUAGACGCCCUUCAUAAACCAUCUAAAUUGGCUAUCAUCCAUUGCCCUGGACACCAAAAAGGAAAUUCCCAAAUAGCCAGAGGAAAUCGGAUGGCAGAUAUAGAAGCUAAAAAAGUGGCAAUGGAGCCAACUACUAUACUAGUGCAACAAUGUCCCCCAGAAGAAUCAAAUACAGACAAGGAAUUCCAUUAUUCUAGCAAAGACGUUAAAAACAUGACUAAAAUAAAUGCAGUUUAUGAUAUUGAUCACCAACUCUGGAGGACGGAGACAGGCCGCAUUGUCCUGCCAGAAGAAAAAGCUAGAGAGAUUGUACAACAAAUGCAUAAAUUAACCCAUCUGGGAACAAAACGGUUAGCAGCUAUACUUGAAAAGACUGAUUAUUACAUCAUAGGACAAUCGGACUUGAUUGAAAGAAUCGUCAGAAACUGCAUGCCUUGCCAACAAGUUAAUACCCGUGGAGGAACUGUAACAACAGGAAAGAGACUAAGAGGAGAUAGACCAGGUGUUUACUGGGAAGUUGAUUUUACAGAAGUCAAGCCUGCUAAGUACGGGAACAAAUAUCUCCUAGUCUUCAUAGACACUUUUUCAGGAUGGACAGAAGCCUUCCCGACCAAGAAAGAGACUGCCACAAUAGUAACUAAAAAGAUUUUAGAAGAAAUCAUCCCCCGGUUUGGAGUACCACAGGUAAUAGGGUCAGACAACGGAUCUGCCUUUGUUGCCCAGGUGAGUAGACAGGUGGCCACUAUACUGGGGAUUAAUUGGAAAUUACAUUGUGCCUAUAGGCCCCAGAGCUCAGGCCAAGUAGAAAGAAUGAAUAGAACCUUAAAAGAGACCAUGACAAAAUUAACCUUAGAGACUGGCUAUUCAGAUUGGACGGUGCUCCUUCCUCUAGCUUUGUUCCGGGUGAGGAACACCCCUUCUAUGUUUGGAUUUACUCCCUUUGAAAUUCUAUACGGGUCCCCACCCCCCUUAAGCAAAAUGUUCGAGCCCAUUUAUUGUACUAACAUUAGUUUACACUCUAGGCUUAAAGCUCUACAGGCAGUUCAGAACGAGAUCUGGUCUCAUCUACGUGAAGCCUAUAAGCCAGGAGACCUGCGCGUGCCACAUCAAUUCCAAGUGGGAGACUCAGUCUACGUACGGCGGCAUCGCACAUCUAACCUCGAGCCUCGCUGGAAGGGCCCCUAUCUUGUACUUCUGACAACACCCACGGCUGUCAAGGUAGAUGGGAUCUCUGCGUGGAUACAUGCCUCCCAUAUUAAGCCUGCCCCGACUCCUGCACCGGAAUGGACGGCCCAGAAAACUGAUAAUCCUCUUAAGUUGCGUCUCCGUCGUCAGCCUACUCCUGCCACUACAGACAAAGUGUGA